AUGUCGGACAUCUCGCGCUCCUGGAUCUUCCGGAACCGGCCUAACGGACUACCCACGUCUUCUGGCCCACAACCUACCUUUGAGCUCACCACGACUAAGCUUCCUAGUCUCAAGGACAAUCAAGUACUCGUGAGAACGCUUUACCUAUCCAACGACCCCGCGCAGAGAGGCUGGCUCGAAGAUGUCCCUCUUGACCGUUCCUACGUUCCACCCGUGCAGCUCAACACGCCCAUGCGUGCUUUUGGGGUAGGUAAGGUUACAGAGUCUAAAGCCAGUCACCUAAAGCCAGGAACCAUUGUGCAAGCCGCUCUCGGGUGGAAUGAGUACGUCGUCCUAAACGCAGGGGACUGCACUCCGAGGACCACUCCAACCCCUCAAGUAGUAAGCGUUACCAACUAUCUGGGCGCUCUCGGGGGUAACGGCAUCACGGCAUACUACGGCCUCGUCGAGAUCGGACAAGUCAAGGCCGGUCAACGGAUUGUUGUAAGCGGUGCUGCUGGCGCGACCGGCAGCAUGGUCGUACAGAUUGCUAAGCACCUUCUUGGGUGCAGCGAGGUCAUAGGCAUUGCCGGCUCCGAAGAAAAGUGUCGAUGGAUAGAGAGUCUCGGGGCAGACACGUGUCUCAAUUACAAACAUGCAGAAUUUUAUGACGAGCUGGCGACCGCCACUAAGGGUUUCGUUGAUGUGUUUUAUGACAAUGUCGGCGGCAACAUUCUCGACUUUAUGUUGACAAGAUUGAAGCAGAAUGGCACAGUCGUGGCCUGUGGCGGUAUCGCGGGCUACAACUCCGGCGGAGGGAUAAAGUUGCAAAAUUACAUGGACAUCAUCCACAUGCGGUUGUCCAUCAGAGGUUUUAUCGUCAUCGACUACCUUGACAAGGCUCAAGGAACCAUUGAGAUCCUUGUCAAAGCUAUCGAAGACGGCAAGAUCAAGGUCCGGGAAUGCGAGCAGGUGGUUCCCUCUCGGUUUGAAGACAUACCCGAGACAUGGCUGAAGCUAUUCGAAGGCGGGAAUACAGGCAAAUUGAUCACAGAAAUAGUUUAA